AUGAAGAAAGAUGCGAGACCCAACUGGGACAACCCCACGCAGUUUGUGCUGGCGUGUGUGUCAUACGCAGUCGGGCUGGGAAACGUGUGGCGGUUUCCGUACCUCUGUCAGAUGCACGGUGGAGGAGGGUUCUUGAUUCCAUACCUCCUCAUGCUGUUUCUGGAGGGUAUUCCCUUAUUCUACUUGGAGCUUGCCAUUGGUCAAAAGACGAGUCUAGGCAGUAUCGGGGCAUGGAGUGCCAUCAGCCCUUAUUUGGGAGGAGUGGGUUUUGCUGGUGUUGUGACAUCCCUGUAUCUUUGUCUCUAUUACAACAUCCUCAAUGCAUGGAGUUUCUGGUACCUCUUUCAUUCAUUUCAAUCAGUCUUGCCCUGGGCAACCUGUCCCGUAAAUUCCAACCGGACGGGACCUAUAGAGGAGUGUGAAAGGGCUACACCCACCCAGUACUUCUUCUUCAGGGAAACACUGGACAUCUCUUCUUCUAUUGAGGAAAAUGGAGGCAUUCAUACAGGCCAGGCACUGUGCCUCCUGCUUGCCUGGGUGAUUACCUACCUGUUUAUUGUCAGGGGAGUAAAGUCAACUGGAAAGGUGGUGUACUUCACAGCCACAUUUCCAUAUGUGGUCCUCUUUAUUUACCUGAUCCGGGGCAUCACUCUUCAUGGUGCUAUGAAUGGUGUCAAAUACAUGUUCACCCCUAAGAUGGAACAGCUUGCCAACCCUAAUACAUGGAUCGAUGCGGCCACUCAGAUCUUUUUCUCUCUGGGUUUGGGUUUUGGGUCACUCGUAGCUUUUGCAAGCUACAACCAGUACAAUAACAACUUUGAACGCCAGGCCAUCGUCGUUGCCCUCAUCAACAGUGGAACCUCCAUCUUUGCCAGCAUUGUGACCUUUGCUAUCUAUGGGUUCAAGGCCACCGUCAACUACGAGAACUGCCUGGAAAGGACAUACUUACUGCUGCAGAAUACCUUUGAUCUAGCAGAGGACAGUAUCACCAUGGACAAUGUCUCUGAGUGGAUUGAGAAGCUGAACACAACAUUCCCACAGCAGUUUGCUGAACUUUCCAACAAAUUGGAAAACUGUAACCUGGAGAGCGAACUAGACACCGCAGUAGAGGGUCCAGGUCUGGCCUUCAUAGUGUACAGUGAGGGCAUCAAGAACAUGCCAUUGUCUCAGCUGUGGUCAGUGCUGUACUUCAUCAUGCUCCUGAUGUUGGGAAUGGGCAGCAUGCUGGGAAACAUCACAGCCAUCACCACCCCGCUACGAGACUUCAAGGUUGUGUCCCUUAUGAGCGUUGAGUUGUUAAACGGUUUAGUGUGUUUGUUCUGUUUGCUGCUCGGCCUCGGCUUCACCACCACAUCAGGGAAUUACUGGUUUACCAUGUUCAACGACUAUGGAGCCACUUUCUCCCUGCUGUUCAUUGUCCUCACGGAGGUCAUAGCUGUGAGUUACAUCUAUGGAAUUAAAAGGUUUGAAAAAGACAUAGAAGACAUGCUCGGUCAUCGUCCCAACUGGUACUGGAAGAUCAUGUUGGCAGGAACCAGUCCCCUUCUCCUCAUCGCCCUUUUCAUCUUCUACAUCAUCAACUACAUCAAGGGAGGAACACCCACCUACCAAGCAUGGAACAAAGAACUGGGUAAGUCAGUUGUGACGGAGUAUCCCGUGUUUGGUCAGCUCUUCAUCGGGCUGCUGCUGGUGUCGUCAGUCAGCUGUGUUCCCCUCACAGCUCUGUAUGUCUACUGCAAGAAGAGGAAACAUGGAAACCAUCAUAAGAAGCAGCGUACUGUCAGCACAGUAUCUGCUCUGUGACCAGAUCAUAACAGGAGCUAACCUCCCACCAUCACCCCCAUAUACCCAUCCACCAGCUGAGCACAACAACACGACAUUUAUCAUCUGUUACGUGGAGGGACAGGGGGAUAUGAGCAGUGGUCAUCUGUGUGUUAUUUCCAUUUUCGUCUUGACUUUCACCAAAUUUCACAACACUGAAAAAAAUGUUCUCCCUGCAAGGGGAUAUUAUUUACUGCAACAGGAAACACACAAACAAAAAAAAAUGGGAGGCAUGGGGACAUGAAAUCCAGAUGUAAAUCAUGUUAAAACCUUCCUUUUUCAGAAAAAUUAAAUAUACCAUUAUAUUAUUUCUCAGUAUUAAAGUCGGACCUCUGAGACAGAUUUCAAUGAAUACUAUGUACUGAAAAAUAUUCAAGUUCAACACAAGAGUUCCUGAUUCAAUCACACAAACUGUGGAACAUGUUAGUGUAGAUGGAGAUUGUUUAAUUACCAAACAUUACCAAACAUAUUACAACAUAUAGUUAUAAUACAGUAUUUCAUAUGAUGCUAGUUUACUAAUUGUUCAGUUGUAAUUGUUUGAGUAUGUUUUUUCAUUUA